AUCAUGUACGAGGAGCCCUCCUGUGAGGCGACAUAACAAGAAAUAUAUUUUCAAAGGGGCCAUCUAAACCACGAUGACGGGGAAACAGGGCGCGUUGCUUUCGGAAAGUUUAAAUCGCUCAGAGAAAACCUCUUUGGGUGCAAAUGCAGGGAACAACAGCCACCAGCCGAAAAGCAGCAUCAACCAUCCACCGACCGCGAACAGGUGCACCAGCUUCGGCAUCCAGGAGAUCCUGGGGCUGAAUAAAGAGCCGCAGACCACACCGAGGAGCCCGCUCAGCUCGCUGCCCGCCGGGGCGCACCUGAUUGCCGCAAGAUCGGUGUUGGGCCCCGCUACAGUCGGCGUGGGUGUCGGGGUGGGAUUAAUUGGCCCCGGUGGAAUUCCGUCGUUUUACGGCCAACCUGCUUUCCUGGAGACGGUGCUGUCAGACGGACAGGACGUCCACCUGCAGCACAGCAGAGGCGCGAGGCCCCUGGAGCCCAGCCAGUCCGCCAGCUCAGGUGACGCGCGAGCGCUCUGGAUUAAAGCCGCAAUUAUGCUGAAACACAGAUGA